AUGAGCGGACUCCGAUUUCUCGAUCUCAUCAAACCCUUUACGCCCCUCCUCCCGGAGGUGGCAGCUCCUGAAACCAAGGUGCCCUUCAACCAGAAGUUGAUGUGGACGGGGUUGACUCUUCUGAUCUUCCUGGUUAUGAGCCAAAUGCCUCUGUAUGGUAUUGUCUCCUCUGACACUUCGGAUCCCCUUUACUGGCUCCGUAUGAUGCUCGCCAGUAACCGGGGAACCCUGAUGGAAUUGGGUAUCACCCCCAUUAUCUCCUCCGGCAUGGUUUUCCAGCUCCUCGCUGGUACCCACCUCAUUGACGUCAACCUUGACCUCAAGACCGACCGUGAGCUCUACCAGACUGCCCAGAAGCUCUUCGCUAUUAUCCUCUCUUUCGGACAGGCCUGUGUGUACGUCUUGACUGGUCUCUACGGCCAGCCAAGUGACCUUGGUGCUGGUAUCUGUGUUCUGUUGAUUGUCCAGCUAGUUGUUGCUGGCCUGGUCGUCAUUCUCCUCGACGAGCUGCUCCAGAAGGGCUACGGUCUUGGAAGCGGUAUCUCUCUCUUCAUUGCGACAAACAUUUGCGAGUCUAUUGUGUGGAAGGCCUUCUCCCCCACCACCAUCAACACUGGUCGUGGCCCGGAAUUCGAGGGUGCCAUCAUUGCUCUCUUCCAUCUCCUUUUCACCUGGUCCGACAAGCAGCGUGCUCUGCGCGAGGCUUUCUACCGCCAGAACCUGCCUAACGUCAUGAACCUGCUCGCUACCCUUGCUGUCUUCGCCGCUGUUAUCUACCUCCAGGGUUUCCGCGUUGAGAUCCCUGUCAAGUCCUCUCGCCAGCGUGGAAUGCGUGGCUCGUACCCCGUUCGCCUGUUCUACACUUCCAACAUGCCCAUUAUGCUCCAGUCCGCUCUGUGCUCCAACAUUUUCCUUAUCAGCCAGAUGCUGUACUCCCGCUUCUCUGACAACAUCCUUGUCAAGCUUCUCGGUGUCUGGGAGCCUCGUGAGGGUUCUGCCCAGCUCCACGCCGCUUCCGGUGUCGCCUACUACAUGUCCCCUCCUCUCAACUUCAAGGAGGCGCUCCUCGACCCCAUCCACACCGCUGUUUACAUUACCUUUAUGCUCGUUGCCUGUGCCCUCUUCUCCAAGACUUGGAUUGAGGUUUCUGGCUCUGCCCCCCGUGAUGUCGCGAAGCAGCUCAAGGACCAGGGUCUCGUCAUGGCUGGUCACCGUGAGCAGAGCAUGUACAGGGAACUCAAGCGUAUCAUCCCCACUGCCGCCGCCUUCGGUGGUGCCUGCAUUGGUGCUCUCUCUGUCGCUUCUGACCUUCUCGGUGCCCUUGGUAGUGGUACCGGUAUUCUUCUUGCCGUUACUAUUAUCUACGGUUACUUUGAAAUCGCCGCUCGUGAAGGCGACAUCGGCGGUGGCCUCAAGGGCCUUGUUCCUGGUAACUAA